UCGGAGCGCAGCACAGGAACAGUGCGUACAGUGUGUUGCAGUAGACACGAGCGCGUCGGAAAACGGAUAAAGCCUGUUACUGAUCGAAAAUUUGCUGAUGUGAAUUCCUGCUCGCCCGUUCACCACUGUCUCAAGGAGAACAGCUCCUUCUGCGUAUUGGUGAAGCUGCCCACAGCACAGGACGCAGGAAAAAACUGAAUUUUUGGAGGAUCUGACACAGAGACGGAGAGUCUGGCUGCGCAUCCCUCAGGAUGAAGAAAAGUAGGAGUGCGCAUGGAGUAACACCAGGUGAUGAAAAUAAGGAGCCUCCUGUGGGACAGUUUUCUGCAGGAAACACUCUCGGGGUGGAGGUGUGCAAAGUCCACAGGCGGUUUUCUGGCAAUCUGCAGCUGCCUCCGUUGUCAUGGCGACAGGCAGAGAAGGAGAGGGAAAGGGGAAGGCCGCUAACACCAGAAGAAGAUCCCGUGACCCAUAGCAGACCCACGAGCCUGCCCAUCGCCUCUCUGCCUCGCAUUGACAUCACACAGGCUGACCCUGACAGUUUUGAAGGGGAGAAUGGCCCAUCAGUGUGCUGCAGCCCAUCAGACCCUCAGGCAUCCCCAGGUUCAGGUCUGGUUCUUCAUCCCAAUUUGGCAGCUUACGGCCAGCGGCGAGAGUCCUUCCUGUACCGCUCUGACAGUGACUAUGAGCUAUCACCAAAAUCCUUAUCCCGAAAUUCUUCCAUCGUUGGAGAAUUACAUGGAGAAGACUUGAUUGUGACACCGUUUGCCCAGGUUCUGGCAAGUCUUCGGACUGUUAGGAACAACUUCACCACCUUGACAAAUGUACAGUGUGUAUCUAAUAAGAGGUCUCCCGCUACAAAUCAGCCCCAUGUCACCAAAGUAUGCCUGUCAGAUGAGUCCUACCAGAAGCUGGCUAUGGAAACCAUGGAGGAGCUGGACUGGUGUCUGGACCAGUUGGAGACCAUCCAGACCUACCGGUCUGUCAGCGACAUGGCCUCCAACAAGUUCAAGAGGAUGCUGAACCGGGAGCUAAGCCACCUGUCUGAGAUGAGCCGAUCAGGCAACCAAGUGUCAGAGUACAUCUCCAGCACCUUCCUAGACAAGCAGAAUGAGUUGGAGCUUCCGUGUCCAGUUCCAAAGCCGAGGGAAAGGAAGAGGAGGCAGGGCCAGCAGCAGCAGCAACAGCAGCAGCAACACGGUGGGAUGAUGACACAGAUCAGUGGGGUGAGAAAAGUCAGCCAUACAUCAAGUAUCUCGGGAGGUGCUGGAAAUCGCUUUGGGGUCAAGACGGACCAGGAGGAAUUGUUGUCAAAGGACCUGGAACACAUCAACAGAUGGGGCCUGAAUAUUUUCAAAGUGGCUGAGCAUUCUCACAAUCGACCUCUCACAUGCGUCAUGUACACCAUCUUCCAGGAGCGAGACCUGAUGAGGACGUUCAAGAUUCCAACGGACACCUUUGUGACGUUCAUGCUGACCCUAGAGAGCCACUAUCACUCCGAUGUGGCGUACCACAACAACCUCCACGCUGCCGACGUAGCCCAGUCCACACACAUCCUCCUGUCCACCCCUGCAUUAGAUGCGGUCUUCACUGACCUGGAAAUCUUGGCAGCCAUUUUUGCAGCAGCCAUUCACGACGUGGACCACCCGGGAGUCUCCAACCAGUUCCUAAUCAAUACAAACUCUGAGCUGGCCCUGAUGUACAACGAUGAGUCAGUGCUGGAAAAUCACCACCUGGCCGUGGGCUUCAAACUGCUGCAGGAAGAAAAUUGCGACAUCUUCCAAAACCUCACCAAGAAGCAGAGGCAGACGCUCCGGAGGAUGGUCAUAGAAAUGGUUUUGGCAACCGACAUGUCUAAACACAUGAGUCUGCUGGCGGAUUUGAAAACAAUGGUGGAAACCAAGAAGGUCACCAGCUCUGGUGUCCUGAUGCUAGACAACUACACAGACAGGAUGCAGGUUCUCCGUAACAUGGUUCAUUGUGCAGACCUGAGCAACCCCACCAAACCUCUGGAUCUGUACCGGCAGUGGACUGACAGAAUCAUGGAUGAGUUCUUCCACCAGGGAGACAGAGAGAGGGAGAGGGGGAUGGAAAUCAGCCCAAUGUGUGACAAACACACAGCUUCAGUAGAGAGGACUCAGGUUAGCUUCAUUGAUUACAUAGUGCACCCUCUGUGGGAGACGUGGGCUGACCUGGUCCAUCCCGAUGCCCAGGACAUCCUGGAUACACUAGAGGACAACAGGAACUGGUACCAAAGCAUGAUCCCCCAGAGCCCCUCACCUCCUUUCUACACCAGUGAUGGAGAAGGAGGACCUCACGGGGAGGUGGAAGGGCGGCCUGUAGCGAGUAAAUUCAAGUUCGAUCUAACCCUGGAUGACCAGGAAGGACAAGGUGAAGACAGUGGAAUGAUGGACACGGCUGACAGUUGUGACAAUGUGACAUUACAGCAUCUUCCCUGUGAUCAGGAAGGGGCAGAAAUGAUGACACAUGACGGCUCCCCGGCGGAAACAUAGCUGAACCGGUGGCGUUCUUGGAGCGUAGCACGUUUUGGUGAAUUAAUUUUAUUGCAGUGGAGCAAUCCUGCAAUUUGGCUCUGGCGGGAGCUGCUUGGCAAAGAGGGCCUGACUGAAUGUGGGGCACCCCUGCGAACGAGGCUUGGAAACCCUGCGGUAGUUUGUCUUUGAGCCCCCCUGGAAGGGAGCUGGAAGAGUGUAGGCUCUGUUCUUUACAGAAGGGACUACUGUUGGACUGCAGAGGCAGAGCCUAACCUGGGUUCUUUCAGACAGAGAAUGUGAAGUGGACGUAUGAAUCCGUGUACUGGGACAAGUCUAAAUUUCAAACUUGCACUUCAGGACAUUUUUUUAAAUGUUCAUUUAGAUUCUUUGUAUCGUGUCGAGAUUGGAUACGACCCUAUAUUGUCCAACCACAGCUACUGGUCAGCGAGUUAUUUGUAACCCAGUAGUGUUUUUUUAACACUUGUCUAAAAAGAGUAGUGUGCCUUUUUUUACAAGUGUGUGUUUUUGUAAGUGUUUUUUUUUAAUAAUUUAUUGAACACAUUCAUGUAGCUGUGUGUCAGAUUUUCUACAAAACGGACAAAGCUGUCUCACACAGUCUUCCUGAUGUUCUGGCAAUAGUAUAAGCUUGUUCUUCACAAAUGGAUGUAUAUUCAAAAAAAAAAAUCAGCUGACUUCCCAGCACACUUUGCACUUUGUGGCACACACAGUUAAACCAAGACAAAGACAGCAUCUGUAACUUAAAGGAGAGACCAUAGCAAGCAUGUCAAACCAAAUAAUUUGAUUUGAUUUAUCCAAAUAAGUAACUGCGUAAGCAAUUAAAUGACUCAUAGGCUAGAUUUCGUAAAAGAGGAAAAACCUUUUUUUUUUUUUUUGUAGAACAAAAACCAAAACUCCAAAGAUCCUGUAAGGAAAGCACUUUGUUGGAUUCACUGCCACCCCUCAAAAGAGUGAUCGCAUUUCCAAAGAGUAACUGGUGUGACAAGUCAAACUUCCGAGCGGCGGCGGGAUUGAUUCCCUCUCACUUAAAGCCAGUUACAGACUAAAUUCUUACUACAAUCUUCCAAGAUUAAAGUGGAAAAGAAAAUAUUUCAUAACCCAGUUGUGUUUAAGCCCCAUCCAGUGUGGAAAAACCGUCUCCGCCCUGUAAUUCCCCUUUUCAUUGCCUCACACAGCACACCUGUUGUGGUUAGCAGUAUUCUCAUGAAUAGGCUGACUCAUUUUGAACUUUGAAUGACUUCAAGGCUGAACGCGCAGUUUCAGAAGACACCUGUCAGUAAUGGAAUAAUUGAAUCUUGUAGUUUUUCAUUGCAGCACUUUGAAUACGUUGACAGUUAUGCAGCUGGUUGAUGAUCUGUCCAAACACUUCCUUAGAGGUACCACGUUGUAUGGUCAUAAUACGGGGAGAUCCGUUUCAUGUUUCACGAUAUGACAUUCUCCUCCUGUGUGUGUGUGUGUGUGUGUGUGUGUGUGUGUGUGCGUGUGAGGAUGCGAGAGUGUAUUUAAGUGGUCACAGAGUUGCACAGUCGUGUUGCACCCAACUGUGUUGUGCUGACCCUUAAGCUGUUUGUAACAGUGUAUUUAUUACAUUUUCUUGUAUAUGUUAAUACUGAAUUGAUAAUAUUCGCUGUAUAUUUGUUAUUUAUAUGCACUACCACGUGUCAAAUGACAGUUUGACUGAACUCGUUUGUUGGUUCAUCCGUGUAUAGCAAGGUAUUUUGCUAUGAGACCAUAGCAUAAAGUUAUGCAGGUCAAUUUUGACGAUUUGAAAAGUAUGUUUCAUUUGAAAUUCCAGCCAGAAGUGUUUGUGCAGUGGAAGCCAGCAGCGCUUCAUACGAGGCGCAGCAGAAGCUCUUUUAGUCCUUUUGUUCUUGGCGAAGGCUGGAUAUUUACUGCAGCAUAAUGUGUACGGUGACAGGUCAUUGUACAGCUAUAAGAAUAUUUGCUGAAAUUUAUACCAUUGUUUCAAAUGUAUUUUUUCAGUGUUUUCUUCACAGUAUACUGUAAAACGGUGUAUGUUGUGCUCAGCAAAUGUUUUCUAUCAGAUUAUUAAAAUGGGCAUGUAUA